UGGUCACGACUAGUUCCGUAGUUAAACGUCGCCGCUCCUCCUGUAGCAUCUAUCGACCCUGUUCCCAACCUUUCCCCACCCACAACCGCCGACGCGAUGUCAUCUGCAGCCGAAUCACAACCACCGCAUUCAUACCUCCCACAGUCAAUACCAUCGCACCACGCAACGUCCCUCACCUCUGUAAUAACAUCCUGUCAUACGCGACUGCAAGCGUUUCUCGCCGAAUCCCACGAGCCCAAUUCCCUCCUCACCCGCGUCCAGAACCAAACCCGCACCUCCCUCAACAUCAUCGACGACGCACUCCAAAAAUACUCCCUCGACGAAAUCGCCCUCUCCUACAAUGGCGGGAAAGACUGUCUCGUAUUACUCAUUCUUUUCCUCGCCGCGCUCAACUCAAAGCUCCCAAUCGACGAAACAAAGCGCCAAUCAAUCCCCGCAAUGUACGUCGCCGAGGCCGACCCGUUCACGGAAAUGGAGGAUUUCGUCAACUGGUCAAAACAGAUCUACCAUUUAGAUUUGGUAAGAUAUACGAAGAAUGCACAGACAACCCUUAAAUCGGGGUUUGAGGACUACCUGGACAAGAACCCCUCGGUGAAGGCUAUCUUUGUCGGCAUGAGGCGGACGGACCCGCAUGGCACCAACUUGACAAACUUCGACCCCACGGACAGCGGCUGGCCCGAUUUUAUGCGAAUUCAUCCCGUUGUUGACUGGCGUUACGCUGAAAUCUGGGCGUUCCUUCGCCAUCUGCAACUGGAGUACUGUUCCCUCUAUGAUAAGGGUUAUACGAGCCUGGGCGGGCUGUCAAAUACGCAUCCAAACCCAAGUCUAUGGGAUCCGGUGAAGGAGGAAUAUGGGCCUGCGUACGAACUUAUAGACGACCAUUUGGAGCGGUCAGGCCGCUAUUGAGACAUCACAUCGACGAUGGAUUUUUCGUUUAGAGAUAAGGCAUUUGUUAUAUUGCUCAGACACCCCUGCUGUUCACGUCAAUCGUGACCGAUUCAUAGACAUCAUACAGUUGGCGUUAUGUUCAACAUUUUUCACU